AUGAAAACAAUUCAGGAAAAAGGAAAUAAAAAGAUCAAAGGUAUUCAAAAGUACGAUGAUAAUCAAUUCAAGUCAACUCAAUUAUUUAAGGGUAUCAAAGAACAAGAGUCACCAAAAGAUUUAAUUUAUUUCGAUGUCGAUAAUUACAACAAACCAAAGAAAUUAAUCUUUUAUUAUGCUUCUUUCAAAUUUCUGGACAUAAUCAAAAUUGUGAAAGAGCAUUUUAUUGAUGCAACCCAUUCAUUACUUGAAUUUAAAAUGUUGUUUUACAUGAUAUCAGCCAAAUUUCCAAAUACACAUGCAUUCCCAAUUUUUCAAUUUGUCGUUUAUCCAAACACUUCAGAAAAUAUUGCAUUCUGUCUCAAGGCAUUUUUUAACUGGGCAAAAGUAAAACCAAAAUAUUUUAUGUCAGAUUGUGCACAAGAAAUCGAAAAUGCGAUUAUCAACUCUUUUCCAGAAGUUAUCCUUCAUUGGUGUGCAGUUCAUGUAAUGAGGGCGUUCAGAAAAAAUUUGAAAGAUUAUGCAUUUGAGAGUUCAGACAAAUUGAUAUUAGAUACAAAAAUGAACUAUCUUGCAUACGGCAGAAAUGGCAAGAAAGAAUGGAUUGAACCAACGUUCAAAAAAAUUCUGGAAAUAGCCGAAAAAUUCCCAGAAUUUUCAAAAUACAUACAAAAUCAAUGGAUAUCAAACCAAGAAAGAUGGACAGCCGCUGAAAGAGAUGAAAAUUUAGCUCUCACAAAUAACAUUUCAGAAUCGAUUAACAAAAAAAUUAAAUAUUACUACUUUGGCGGAACAAUUUUCAUGAGAUUUGAUCGAUUUGUGAUGAAAUUAAUCGAUUUUAUCGUUCCUUCAUUUUAUUACAGAAUUUCUCAAGAUAUAAGGCUCAGAGACAAAAUUCCAAAUCCGUUGCCAUCUGAAAAAAAGCCAAAAAAGUCUACAAUCAGACUGGAUACAGAAAAAUGUAUAAUGCUCACUGAUAAAAUUAAAUCGUUAAUAGUUAACUCAUCAGCAAACUUAAAUACGCUUCAAUUGGGUUUAGAUGACCUACUUGAUAAAGUUGUCAAGGCAGCAAAGGUUCAAAAACGAAUGACCCAGUAUUUUUCGAAAUUAAGUAUCCCAAUGGAAAUCAAGCUUAGUAUUCUCACGCAAAUUACAGAAUUUGGAUGCAAUACCCCUCAAUUCAUUGUUGAGAAUGCCAA